AUGUGGACGCAGCUGCUGACUGGCGCGGCGUGGGCGGCGGUUUGGGUGGCGGGCGUGCUGUGGUGGUUGUGGGCGGCGCGCGCCCGCACCUCGGCGCCGGGUCCAGCCACGCUGCCGUUGCUAGGCAACCUCAUGCUCUUCCGCAAACUUCCCGUGCUCGUACAACAGCUGAAGGACAUGCACGCGCAGUACGGAGACGUCUUCAGGUUCUACGUGGGGCCCAAGCUGUUCGUGGUGGUGACACAGCCCGAGGACGUGAAGGCGGUGCUGGUGGGCUGCAGACAGCGCCAGAGGGACCCCUACUUCAUGCGGCCCAUGCGCUUCUUCAUCGGAGACGGGCUAAUCACAAACAAGGCUGACGUCUGGGAGGCACACCGCAAAAUAGUCCUGCCGACGUUUCAUACCGAGGUGCUGGGCCGAUUCAUGGGAGCGUUCAACGAGGCGGGCCGCUUCGUGUGCGAACGGCUGUCUGCGGCGGGGGGCGCCGAGCUGAACGUCUACCCCACGUUCUUCCAGUCCGCUCUCCGGACCCUCACCUCCACCCUGUUCGGCGUCGGCCUGGACCAGCUGGAACCAGACCACAGCAAGCAGGUGCACUUCGCUACGGAGUUUUACAAAUCCAUGAAAGCAAUCCAGCGCAUAGUGUUCCGGCCGUGGCUGCAGGUGGUCUGCGUGGCGUCGACUGCGCUGGGCGCGCGCUGGCUGCGGGAGCGCAAGGGCCAGAUCCACCGGCUGGUGGCGCGCGGCAUCGCCUACAAGAGGCAGCACCCCGGCGGCGGCCGGGAGCCAGCCAAGAGGCGGCCGCUGGCCGAGGUGCUGAUCGCGCCGCACGGCCAGCUGCUGCUGUCGCCCCAGGAGGUCCACGACGAGGUGUGUACUAGAGUCCUGCAUGACCGAUUUGUAGUGCCCAUAGAUGUGGCGUGA